CUGUGGUUUUCUUCAUCUUCCGGCAAAUAGCGAGACUUUGUGAGCUGCGCCUGCGAUUAAGCAAUAGCUAACCGGACUCCGGUAAGGCAACGGCGAUUGAGAGAUAGCGGGCGUCCGAGAAAGUGACGGCUGUGGGUUGUGGCCAUUGACGAUUGAAGUAGCGAACUAGGGAACACUUUUCACCAAGAUCUUCAGAAUUCCAUUUUUCCAGUGAUUCACAUUGUGUGUUGAUAAGAGGGAUGCUGGAGAACCAUUACUUCUUUUGUGUGUCGAGCUGAGAAAUCCUUCUGUGUUUGAGCUGGGAGAUCCUUCUAGUCGGAGUUCUAGACCUGUCUAGAAGGGAUCGGAUCUGCUUCGGGGGUUGAACUCAUCGGCCGUCAGAUGAAAGAGGGCCUUGUAUGUUUGGAAAAUCGGCUGGGAGAACGAUGAAAUGGGCGACAUUGCUUAAAGACUUUAAGGAAAAGGUUGGCCUCUCUCAGCCUCCUUCCACUGUCUCCUCGCCUACUCAUGCUGCCACUUCGUCUCUUCCGGAUUGCUAUCCCAUUUCUGGCAGCCACCAUCUUGAUCUUGCCUCUUCUCCUUCGAGAGACAAACAUGAAUUGGAAUUGGACUUCAAAAGAUAUUGGGAAGAGUUCCGCUCAUCAAGUUUGGAAAAGGAGAAAGAAAAGGCCCUGAAUAUGACCAUUGAUGUUUUUUGUAGACUAGUAAGGCAACACGCAAAUGUAGCUCAAUUAGUUACCAUGUUAGUUGAGACACACAUAUUCUCUUUUGUUGUUGGAAGAGCAUUUGUAACGGAUAUUGAGAAGUUGAAACUUAGCAGCAAAACAAGAUCUUUUGAAGUAGAGAGAGUCUUGGGUUUUUUCUCUGAAAUCACUAAGGAUGGGAUCAGCCCUGGUGCAAAUUUAUUAUAUGCAGUGGAAGUCCUUGUUUCUGGGCCUAUUGAUAAACAAUCUCUUCUUGAUUCUGGGAUCUUGUGCUGCCUCAUUCAUACUCUCAAUUCUCUUCUUGGCCCUGACGGAAGUUGCCAAAAACUAUCUACAUGCCAUGGUACAGAGCAAGUUCUAACAGAGAACUGCCCUGGUGGUGAUGCUGCAUCACGUCGUCGGCUUGAGGUAGAGGGUAGUGUUGUACAUAUAAUGAAGGCAUUGUCUAGCCACCCUUCAGCUGCACAAAGUUUAAUAGAGGACAACUCUCUUCAGUCACUCUUUCAAACAGUUGCUAUGGGCUCUUUAGUUGCCUUUUCUCAAUAUAAAGAAGGCCUUGUGCGAUUGCACACCAUUCAGCUCCACAGACAUGCAAUGCAGAUACUUGGUCUUCUCUUGGCCAAUGACAAUGGAAGCACUGCCAAGUACAUUCGCAAGCAUCAUCUGAUAAAAGUACUUUUAAUGGCUGUGAAGGAUUUUAAUCCUGAAUGUGGAGAUUCGGCCUACACAAUGGGUAUAGUGGACUUGCUUCUGGAGUGUGUUGGAUUGUCAUAUAGACCAGAUGCCGGUGGUAUCAGGCUUAGGGAGGACAUACACAAUGCACAUGGUUAUCAAUUCCUGGUUCAGUUUGCUUUAGUUCUUUCCAAGGAUCAAAAUUGGCAAACUUCGCAUUUGGAAUCUCUUCCAUGCCAAGAUCCUGCUUCAGGGGAUGACCUUGGAGCUAAUGCGGUUGAGAGCAAUGCAAUGAUGAAAAAGGAAGUAGAAACUUCACCAAAUAAUCUAUCCCCUGUACUCUCUAGACUACUCGAUGCUCUUGUUUGUCUUGCUCAAACCGGUCCUUUAAAAACCUCAAGAAGUGCUUAUGCUAAGCCCAGUGGGCACAACAGAAGUCGGACUUCGUCAUCUGACCGAAUAAGUGACGAGUGGGACAAGGACAAUGACAAAGUAAAAGACCUUGAAGCUGUCCAAAUGUUGCAGGACAUUUUUCUGAAAGCUGACAGUAGAGCACUGCAAGCGGAAGUGCUUAACAGGAUGUUUAGAAUAUUUUCGAGCCAUAUUGAAAAUUACAAGUUGUGCCAGCAGUUGCGGACUGUGCCCCUACUUAUCCUCAACAUGGAUGGAUUUCCUCCAACUUUGCAAGAGAUCAUUUUGAAAAUUCUUGAAUAUGCAGUGACUGUGGUGAAUUGCAUACCCGAACAGGAGUUGCUUGCACUUUGUUGUCUGCUGCAACAACCAAUAACAUCUGACUUGAAGCAUACAAUUUUAUCUUUCUUUGUAAAACUUCUAUCAUUUGAUCAACAGUACAAGAAAGUACUGAGAGAAGUUGGUGUCUUGGAGGUUCUACUAGACGAUCUUAAGCAGCACAAUUUACUAUCUGGUCCACAACUGCACGAAGGUGAAUUUAAUCAGCUGGAUAAAAAAUCAAGCCCAAGCGGCUUCAAGAAACAUCUUGACAGCAAGGAUGCAAUCCUUUCUUCACCCAAAUUGUUGGAAUCUGGUUCUGGAAAAUUCCCUAUUUUUGAAGUGGAAAGCACAAUAGAAAUUGCGUGGGAUUGUAUGGUCUCUUUACUAAAGAAAGCAGAAGCAAAUCAGGCAACAUUUCGAUCAUCUAAUGGUGUGACGACUGUACUUCCUUUCUUGGUAUUUGACAUCCAUCGCCCUGGUGUCCUCCGUGCAUUGUCAUGCUUAAUUAUUGAAGAUGCUUCACAGUCACAUCCAGAGGAGUUGGGAGCAAUGGUUGACAUUUUAAAAAGUGGAAUUGUUACAAGUGCUCUAGGAUCCCAGUACAGAAUUCAAGAUGAUGCUAAAUGUGACAUAUUUGGAGCUUUGUGGCGUAUUCUUGGGGUUAAUAGUUCAGCUCAAAGGAUUUUCGGUGAAGCAACUGGUUUCUCUUUGCUAUUGACCACCCUCCACAGUUUCCAAACUGGGGAAGAACAAGCAAACAAGUCUCCUUCAACCAGACAUAUCAAGGUGUUCACAUACUUAUUACGUGUAAUGACAGCAGCAGUUAGUGACAACACUGUUAACAGGACAAAAUUGCAUGCUGUUUUAUUAUCCCAUACUUUCUAUGAUCUUCUCUUGGAGUCUGGUUUAAUAUGCGUAGAUUAUGAAAGGCAAGUAAUACAGCUGUUAUUGGAACUUGCCCUUGAAUUUGUGCUUCCACCAUUUCUGAUAUCCGAAGAUGGCACAUUUCCAUGCACCAAUGAAAAUGAAUCGGCUUUGCUUAUUGUUUCAUCUUCUGGCUCUUUUGUUCCUGAUCAUGAGCGAGUGUAUAAUGCUGGGUCUGUUAGAGUGCUUUUACGCAACCUAUUGAUGCUUACUCCAAAGUUACAGUUAGAUGUAUUAAGCAUCCUUGACAAACUUGCCCGUGCAAGCUCUUUCAACCAAGAAAAUUUAACAUCUGUUGUGUGGAACUUCUUCUUGAGAUGAUUUAUCCCUUCCUGUCUGGCUCAUCACAAAUACUAUCACAUGCUCUAAAAAUCAUAGAAGUUUUAGGGGCAUAUAGGUUAUCAACAUCUGAACUUCGAGUUCUUGUUAGAUAUAUUCUUCAAACAAGACUUGCUUCUUCUGGCCGCUUUCUCAUUGAUAUGAUGGAACAAUUGAUUCUCAGGGAGGACGUUGCUUCAGAUGAUGUUUCUCUGGCACCUUUUAUAGAGAUGGACAUGACCAAGAUAGGACAUGCCUCCAUUCAAGUUCCACUGGGCGAAAGAUCUUGGCCACCUGCUGCUGGAUAUUCUUUUGUAUGCUGGUUUCAGUUCCGAAAUUUUUUAAAAACACAGACAAGAGAGACCGAAGCAUUUAGAACUGGAUGUUAUAAGAAGCAGGCUAUAGCCAGUGGCCAGCAUCGCAAGCCACAUGUUUUGCGGAUAUUUUCUGUGGGAGAAGUAGAGAAUUCUAAUGCUUUCUAUGCAGAAAUUUGUCUUCAUGAAGAUGGCAUUCUUACACUUGCCACCAGCAGCUCUUCAUCCUUGUCAUUUUCCGGGUCAGAAAUGGAGGAAGGCAGGUGGCAUCACCUAGCUAUUGUGCAUAGCAAACCGAAUGCUUUGGCUGGCCUCUUCCAGUCGAGCAUUGCGUAUGUAUACCUUAACGGGAAACUAAGACACACUGGGAGACUGGGAUACUCCCCAUCUCCACCGGGAAAGUCUCUGCAGGUAAUCAUU